GCGUCUGCAGCUAAUACACUGACAGGCCUGGCUGUCAUUUUUUUUUCUAAAAAUUGUGAAAGUUUUUUAAUUCAAUAUGGAGCUGACGAACAAGACCAAGAUGUCACAACAGUUGGCCAUUUGCUAUCGCAGCAUCUGCGUCAAUCUGCCCGUAUUUGCAACCGCCCUUGGCAUUUUCAUUGCCAAGAUGGGACGACGCGUCUACAGGCUGGCCAUGAGCUGGGACCGAAUCGUUGAGCUAUACUCAUGCGCCUGCCUGGUGGCCCUGCUAAUGUCCUUGGUGUGGUAUUAUGCCUGUGUGGCAUAUCGAAUGCUGGCAGCACGGCAUCGCAGCGUUGUCCUGAUCACGGAUGUUGUGCGAUUUCUUUUUACCGAGGAUGACGAUGAAACGAGCGAAUGAAUGACUGAACAAUUAUUAUGUUACAUCUGCUAAUUAGCUUAAUUAAUGUUUAAUAAAAAGUAAGCUUUAUACUAAAUCAAA